AUGUCCUCCAUCGCCCGACCCCCAGAUCCCUGCCUGGUAGCCAUCAUUCUCAUCGUGCGCUCGCGCGCUGGCCCCCGCUUCGUCUUCCACUACCCUCCCAACCCGCUCAGCGAGAACGGCUUCCGACCGGCGGCGACCACCACCAGCAAGGGAACGUCCUCGGCGACAUCCUCGCGUCGCGCAUCGCGCACCAAAUCCUACAGAAAAGAUAGGGACAAUGAUUCCAGUUCCAGUGACGAGAGCGGGUCGAGCUCCGACGAGGAUGAAGAGGAGACGUUGAUACCCCAGCAGUUACUCAAUCAGUCGACCUCGUCAUUGCCGUAUGUGGUUGGCGGUGGCGGUGGUAGUAGUGGGGUGAAUAGCCGUCGGCCGAGUAGUUUCGGGCUGGGCGAUGAUUCUACAGCUACAGCUGCUGCAGGAGGGACAGGGGGAGGACGGGCUGGGAUUGCUGGGUCGCCGGGCGCCGAGUCGCAGCGGGCUGGAUCGAUUGGCUCCGGGAGAGGCUUGUUGCGCAGUGGGACGGGGAGUAUCAAGCAACGAGGGGCGAAUUCGGAUGCGGAGGAUGAGGUGUCGAUUGGGGAGAAGGGGGAGGAUGAGGGAUUAGGUGGCAAUGGGGCACGGCCUCCCUGGGAGACGCUGCUGGGACUCCCUGCUGAUGUUUGGGAGAAAUUGCUGAGUCCCUCACGGUCGUGGCACAAGCGGCGCUUCGAGGUCGGCAUCAAUGACCUUGCAUUUGUCGGCUGGCCGGUGUUCGUUCGGGAAGAUGGUAUGUGGAGGAAAGAGAGGCGCAAGAAGAGGAAGCCUCGUGCCACUUGGGAGGGGGGGGAGCUCGGCCAUAAUGAAAAGCCCGAUGAUGACGAUGAUGACACUCGAGAGGAGGCGGCCGUAGAUCUGAUGGUGGCUUCUACGGAGACGUUGAGUCCGAAGCAGAUGACCCCGUCUGAGUCUCAACGCGCGUCGAUAACCAGCAUCCACUCGUCGAUAAGGGCGGCAAGUGAGUCGCUAGAUGGCGACGAUAAGGACUCAAUGACUAUGUUCAAUGUGGUCUUUGUGCUGGAUCCGCCUCUUUUGGAGUAUUCCAUGCGUCUCCGAGAGAUUUACGAUAAUAUCAUCAAGAAGUUCUCCAAGGCGCUCAAGUGGGAGCAAGCGCGGACGGACUACGUAUGGAGAGAAGCCCGACACAUCUCGCACAUCAAGGAGAAAGCUAAGGAAAAAGGAACGUCCGUCAACAACCUUUACUCGGAACUGGUCCACCAGUCGUCCCUGGCGAGGGCCAUCUAUACCGUGUACACCAGCAUCUCCGCAUCAAAGAUUGCAUCUGUGACCCUGAACGCGGAUGUUUCCAUCUCAUUACAGAUCCCCCCUUUGACAUCGACGCCCUUCCUAGCAGGACCGACUGACAAGGCAUACCCAGGCCUCUGGCUCACAACUGCAGACAGCGUCACGCCGGUCGAUGAUCCUACUGCAGAAGAAAACACCGCACCCCAUCAAGUCUUAGCCAAGCACUUCGCUCUUUUGCUGCUGGACAACGAAGCGACCAUCCUCAAAGAUGUCGAGGCUUCGGGAGGAGCACUAGCCCCUGCGCUUGCUCAUUAUAUCCGUUGUUCGAAGCCUACCAAGUCCUUCGCCCAGAUAGCCGUGACCUCCGGCAUACCACUGUCUACCAUUCAGAUGCUUGCGAGCCAUUUGGUGUACUGGCGGAGAGCGCGUGCAAUCCCUCCACUUCAUCAGCGAGACACCUACGUGGUUUCACCAAACUGUGACUUGAGCAAGUUGGAAGUUGCGACAGCUGCCUACCAAGCAGCUUUUCCAACUCUUCCUAGUCUUCCUAAGAUGCUAUCGGCCAUGAGCGGAACUCCCAGACCGUACGGAAGCUUCAUUCCCAGUAAAGACCACAAAGUCACGUACUUUGCGAUUUUAGCGUGGUUACUGCGAGGCGGUUGGGUUACCCAGCUGCGCGCCUUCGCAAGGGUCAAGGUGUCUCCUGAGGUUAAGUUGGCUGUUGAAGCGGCGGUUCGACGCGAAGAGGUGGACAAAUAUUUGAGCAAGAGUGUCUCCAAUGCUGAUACAGAGGACAUAGACGACGCCAGUUCAUCCUCGUCCUCAUCUCUCGAUAGCCAAGAAGACAGUGGGGAAGAGACUCCCAUACCUGGCCGCCACAGAGCAGGCAAGAAGCUCGACCUAUCUUUUUCGUUGCUGGAUCAGGAUACAUCCCUGAGGACGUCGUCUCUGAUUCUGUUCCCUCACCGAGCCUCGCCACUCGAAUCCAGAUGGUUAGACGAGAUCAUGUCGCGAUUCCCUGAGCGCAACGGGCCUGGUACUUGUGGUCCAAACGGCACGAAUUCUGACGGCCUAGAUGCCGAUUCGGAUCUCGUGGAGUUGCGCACAUCCUUGAAGAAGUACUGGCCCCGUUUCAUCAAGUACUUCAACGGGUAUGACGCGCUGGAGAAGAUCCCGGUCCGCGAGAACCUGAAGCGCAAAUUAGUCUGGCAACUACUUAUGCGUCUCGGCCUGGUGACCGGACAGCAGUCGUCUAUCGAGCUGGAUCCGAGAGAACAGGUCUUGGUCAGCGUGCGUCAUUGGUGA